GAAAUUCGUUUAAUAGGAUCGAUAACGCCUUUCAUGAGAAAUGACCUUAAGAGAAAUGCUAACUUUUAUGAGGUCUUGGUUCCGUUAUACUCUGUCAGUGAAUUCAGAUCCCACUUUCAAAUGACGAGAACAACGUUCGAGGCAUUUAGCAGAGAAGUGGCAGCCACAGGUUCAAUCCCUAGAGGAAAUCGUUUUGGAAGAAAACCAAUACCCAUUUAUAAGCAGGUUUUGACGUUUAUUUGGUUUAUUUCCAACAUGGAAAGUAUGAGGUCUGUCACCGACAGGUUCAAUGUUACCCUCAGAAGCUUAGGGUGGAUCAGAAAGAGGGUAUCUGAAGCAGUGAUAACUCUCCGAGAAGAAUACAUCAAAUGGCUGAAUGAUACGUUUAGAUUGGAUUUUCUUUUGUCAGAGUGUUAUCAAAUUAAAGAAGGUAUUUGUUAGUGACUAGUGUUGUUUCAGUUUGUAAUGUUUAUAUUGUAAGGUAAACUUAUGCAUUUUCUGCAGAAAAUGAGAUUUUGCAAUAAUGCAGAACUUUGAGGCACAAUCUGGGUUUCCGAGAAUAAUCGGUGCCAUCGAUGGUACACAUAUAAGGAUUUGAGCUCCAGUCAAUCAAGCUAAUGCUUACUUUAAUACCCAGGCAAGUAAUUCUUUUCUUGUCAUGUUUUUACAAUUACCCUAAAUCUUGUAAUAAAAGUUUGAAGUUAAGAUUUCUUGUUUUCUUUAGCCUUCCAGAUAUGAAAUGUAAAGCAUCUUUAUUUCUAUAGUCAAAGAAGCCAUUCAAGACAAUCAGCCAAGUGGAUAUUCAUAUUUAGAAUUAUAUAUAAAUAUGCCAUUUGCUUAUUUUUUUUCUUAUGCUCCUUGACUAACUGUUCAGCGGUCUGUGUUGGCUGUUGGGGUUCUUUUUCUUUACUUUAAAAAUAAAGCACAAAGCUGUUCUAUUUAAAAACAAUAGGCCAUUUGCACUAAGAGGUCACUAAGUAGCUUUGGAAGCAUUGGUCACGUGACCCCUUAGUGCAAGUGGCCUAUUAUCAUUGAAGUCAUUAUAAAUAAUCAAUGAUACCACCUUUUUUUUAUUGAUACUUGUAGCGUGUCUGUGAUGACAACAUGAUAUCUCAUGAUGUACUGGUAGGAUGGCCGGGAUCAGUGCAUGAUUCUCGUAUUCUAAGAAAUUCCUCUCUGUGUUCAACUGCUGCCAAUAAGUUCCCUGGAGACACCCAUCUCCUUGGUGAUGGUGGCUACCCAUUACAAAGGUUUGUUUUCUGCAUGUAGAAACAAAACUUAAUGGCAUAGUUAGGUCAUUUGUAAGUUGAACACAGUCUACUCUUUUUGUCAAGGAGUUUGCACAGUUCCAUAAGUUCUCCUCAAGAUGUUUAUAGUAAUCAGGACAGAAUCUACUUGUUCAAAAUUGUAAAGCCUGAAAGGCUAAUGUCUCUGUGUAAGAUAAUUUCAAGCUGAAUUUACAUUUCUUUAACUGACAACUGGUUUUCUGGUUAUUUUUAGGUGGCUCAUAACACCCUGCCGUGAUAACGGACACUUGAGCCGUCAACAGCAGCGUUUCAAUCAGAUACUGUCUUCAAUUCGGCAAGUGGUUGAAAGAGCAAUAUGUCUUCUGAAGGGAAGAUGGCGCAAACGUAGCCUGCUUGAACUCCUAGAUAUAGAAUUGAUGGUCCAUUUGAUUAUGACAGAAUGUGUUCUCCACAAUUUCUGUAUUUUACAUGAUGACUUUGAUGAAAAUUAUUUUUUAGAUAAUGAUGACAGUGUAGAUGAUGGCUGUGUUGGGCUUGAUGGAUGUGCACCAGGGGGCUCAGGGGGUGUUAGACUAGAAGAAGCAAAACGAAUCCAAGUAAUGAAUAUCAUUUGUUAA